GCCUGCAGUCCAUGGGGUCGCAGAGUCGGGCACGACUGAGCGACUAACACUUACUUACUUACUCAUAAGACAAAAGGUAUGAUAAGCUCAGAGUCAGGUCCACUCAGGGUACAAUGGACAAAGCAACUGUGAUGCUCAUAAAUCAUUCAUGCCAAUCAAACCAUUUCCUCCCUCUCUCAGACAUAUUUCCACAUACCUUUCAGUGAAGGUAAACUAACAAGGAAGGUAAACUAAAAAUUUCCUUAACUCAUGUUAAGGAAAAACAACAACAAAUGACUCAGCUUGUUCUGGCAAAGAAGGCUGGGUUCAUCUCAGUUCUCCUCUCGGACUUCACCCUGCGUUCUGGCUUCUUGUUUGCUCUUGACAAUCUCAUUUUGAGGGUUUAGCAACCUCCCAAGACGUAUUGCAACCCCUCUCCUACCUAAGUCACCCAGUGGGAAUAGAAGGCCUCUGUUUUUUUGGAGUGGAUUCCCCAAUGGCAUGUCUGCACCCUGCCUAAUGUAGAGGUCCAGGGAAGCUACCCCAUGAUGCUGUAACCUGGCCCCCAAAGGUUCAUUCCUGCAAAAUUCAGGUCAAGUUAUUGUGAGGCCCUGAAAUCUGAUCCAGAAGUGGGCAGAGGAUCCUCAUGGUAGAGCUGAGUUUGUGUUACAUAAGAGUUGGCCCCGAAAGUGUGCUUCACUUACACCUCUCAAAGAGCAGGUGGGCUUUUCUGCUCUUCUGACUUGGGAAAACAGAAUGUAAAGCCAUCCGUCUGUGGGAGAAUGGGCUCCUGUGACACCCCAAAGCAUAAAAAUGAAACGAGAUGGGUAACUUUCAUUUGCUGUCUGUCAACUCUGAACCUUCAUGAUCCCAGAGUCUCUUGGAACUGAAACAUUCCAUGAUGUGACCUUAUAUAUUUUCCCUAAAAAGAAAACUGCCUUCUGGAAAUGCCUAGCUCCUAUAAGUAAGCUUUCUAAGAAAACUGGUAAAUAGGUCGUUUGCCCUUUAAAAUAAAAUUCUGAUUGCCAUUUAGAAAGCCACAUACAUGAUUACAUAAUUUGACCUGCACAGUCUUACCUUUUAAGAUGGAAACUGCUUGGAAAGGGCUUUUACUUGGGGACGGAUGGCAUGCAUGCGUCUGUUCUACUGCUUUCCUGCCCCAAUAAGUGUGUCCUGUGCACUGCUGUGCAUACUCCAUGGCUCACUACAUUUUGUCCAAUGCUGCUUGCGGAAUGCAAAGACUGCGAGACCAGCCCCCGACCCCUGGCUUCCCAUUAGCGCUGUUCGUACGUGUCCCCAGAACCCCUUCCCUCCCCAAGUUCUCGAGUGCUUCGCCGUCAGCAGCCUCACCCGAGGUUCUGCCCCAAGUUUCAGACCGGCCACGAGCUUCAGAUGCCCCGGGUUCAGUGUAGACAGUGCGAGUAGGCGUCAAAGAGGUUGGCUUCUAGUUGGUGGUUGCUAGUACCAGGUCCCCUGGCUCAUGGGUGUGUUCAGUCCAAGCCCCAAAGUCACACCUGUGUCCUGUGCACGGGUGCUGCAGGCUUAGCUGGAGAAAAGCAGGGCUAGCAUUGGACCCCAAAGCCCAGGAUGGCAGGACAGGAUGUGGGGGCCCCACCCGAUCGCCUCUGGGUUCACCAAGAGGGUGUCUACCGCGACGAGUACCAGCGCACGUGGGUGGCCGUCCUGGAAGAGGAGACGAGCUUCCUAAGGGCCCGAGUUCAGCAAGUUCAGGUUCCUUUAGGUGACGCAGCCAGGCCAAGCCACCUUCUCACCUCCCAGCUACCUCUCAUGUGGCAACUCUACCCUGAGGAGCGCUACAUGGACAACAACUCUCGCUUGUGGCAAAUCCAGCAUCAUUUAAUGGUCAGGGGCGUACAGGAGCUGUUGCUUAAGCUUUUGCCUGAUGAUUAACCGGGUGCUGGGAUUCUAGGAAGAGAUGCUCCAGUGUUCUGUUCAUUUUCUGGAUAUGCCGCAGAAGGAUCCGUGCCAGAAACAAGCCUGU